UUCCUACUUUCAUUCUUCUUCUUUUUCCCCUGGCCUCGGGGGCGGAGUGGAGCCUGGAGUCACUCCAAAGCCCAUAAUCCUGCGCCUGGAAAACGGGACAAAGCUUGGAGGUGUUGGGAGUUACCAGGUGCCUCCUGCAGAUGGUACCCGUCCGCUGCGCCCGCAGAUGGGGUUCCCCGCCAGCCCCAGGGGCCUCCUGAGUUAUUUCCUGACUCUCCACGUGCUCCGCCUGGGAUCAGCUGAGUUCAGAGUGGUGGGACCAGACCGACCUCUCCUUGCCACCGUGGGGCAGGACGUCGUGCUGCCGUGUCACUUGUCCCCACGCGCGGACGCUCGGAGCUUGGAGAUCAGGUGGAUCCGGCACCAGUUCUCAGAAACGGUGCAUCUCUACCGAAAUGGAGAGGACCUGGUCGGGGCACAGAUGAGGGAAUACGCUGGAAGGACAGAGUUGGUCAGAGAUGGUCUCUCUGGUGGGACCCUGGACUUGCGACUCGCUGGGGUGAGACCCUCUGAUGAUGGCCAGUACGUCUGCACUGUGAGAGAUGCUGCCUCUUAUGGAGAAGCUACAGUGGACCUGGAGGUGGCAGCCAUGGGCUCCGUCCCUCUCCUCUCUCUGGAGGCUCACCAGGACGGAGGCAUCCGGGUGGUGUGUGGAUCGGCCGGCUGGUACCCGCAACCGCAGGUGCUGUGGAAGGCUGCCAGCGGGCAGCGUCUGCCCUCGGUCUCCCAGAGACGUUCCUCUGACGAGAGGGGCCUGUUUGAGAUCCAAGAUGUCGUCGUGGUGAGCGGGAAGGGCGAUGGGAACUUGUCGUGCGUGGUGAGGAACAGCCGCCUGGAGCAGGAGCAGGCGUCGUCCCUGCACAUCUCAGCUCCCUUUUUCCACAACGCCCGUCACUGGAUGGCAGCUCUGGGUGUCUUCCUCGUGCUUUCAGUGGCGUCAUUUGGCGUCAUCGCUUAUCUCUGGCGAAGGAAAGUGGGGCUGUCCAGAACGCUGGGUGAGUCCUUCUGGCCCCUGCCACCAGCGAAGCCUCCUGAGAAAGGAGCCCCCUGGGAGGGACGUGGCUCUGGGUGUCUCUUGAUCGCCCUGUGGUCGUUGGUCUGGGUUGAUGGAGCCCAGAAGGGGACUGGAGAGCACUGGGGCUGGGAACGGGGCCCAGGAGGUGACCUAAGUCAUGGGGAGAAGUGGGGACCCGUCAUCAGUCAGCUUAAAUCAGGCUGAGCCUUAAAUCUCUGCUCAAGUCAGGCUUCAAUGCAGGGUGCCUGGGAGGGGUGGCUGGGGGAGAAGGGAGGCAGGGAACCUGCUCUGGGACCCACACGGUCUUUUCCCACUCCCCAAACACAAGGAGUUUGGGGUCUCGCCAGCUCUGCCUGCUGCUGCAGGAACAGCCAUGGGAUGAGAAGCCGUC